AUGGGACUGGACGACUACCGCAAAAAUUUCAACCAGAAGCUCGACAGCUUCGGCGAGGACGCCAUGAAGAAGAUCCGGGCGCAGCGCGAGGCCAAUGCCGGCACGGCGUCGUCGUCGGACCGCAUCGGAGUCAAGGACCGGCUCAACAUGUUCAAGGGCGACAACCCGAGAUGGAACAGCGACAUCGAGAGGCCGUCGACGAGGGGUGCGGUCCCUCCGCCGCCACCACCGCGGAUGGCAAACGAGAACGGCACAGCCUACCCGCCUCCGCCUUACGAUCCAGCCACUGGCGAAGGUGCACCGCGUCCGGCCGACGACUACUACACGUCUUCGCAGCCGGAACAGCAGCCAGCGUACGGCCAACACCACGAGGCGGCGACGGGAUCGUGGCCCGUCCACAGCGAAGGCUACAUCGAGUUUUCCAAAUUUACGCCACAGGACAAGGAGGUCUUCUGGGAUCUCUUGGAUCAGUAUUUUGACCAGAAGCAGAGGGGAUUGAGAUGA